CAGUAGCCUAUCGUCAAUCUCAUUUAAUUAUCUACAGGUGUUUUAGUGCGUACAUUAGCGCACUUUUAUAGCACGUGAUCCGUCAAAUCAUAAACGCGUGGUAACAAUUAGUGAAGGCCAGUGUGUCGGGUAAGGACGUGAAAUACAAUAGUAAAUGUCGACCACUUCUCAGAAGCACAGGGACUUCGUUGCAGAACCCAUGGGCGAUAAACCGGUGACUGCACUGUCGGGAAUUGGCACGGUCUUGGGAAAAAAACUGGAGGAGCAAGGUUUUGACAGAGCCUUUGUGGUUCUGGGUCAGUACCUGCUGCUGCGGAAGGAUGGGGAGCUGUUCACUGAGUGGCUGAAAGACACCAGCGGAGCCAAUACCAGGAAUGCUACAUCCUGCUCCCAGUGCCUGAGAGAGUGGUGUGAUGCAUUCCUAUGAGUCCCUAAUGUAACAUUUUAAAGAUUAGAACAUUCAUCUGUUUAUAGUGGAAAUGUCAGUGGUUUGGUUUGUCUGAGCAGAAUAAUUUAAUAAAGAUGUGGAAUAUAACAUUGUUUUCUUUUAU